UGCCUGUCAAGCAGCUAGCUUUUCGGUUGAAUUGCCCUAACUAUAUGAUUUGAGUGACUUAUGCACUACUUAUGUUCAUAUGGAUUGCGUGUAUUAGUAUAACAUAGGUUGUGGCGAUGAAAUAGUGGGAAGCUAAGAGCAGUGUCAACUCAUUGCUGUGCAAUCAGGAAACUCCGGGGCUUUUGUGUUUGUAGCUAGCAUUCAGGCCGCGCUUUGUUUUGCUUCAUUUUUGCCCCGAGUCGGCCUUUCUUGUGCUUGUCUGACCUCACAUCGCUGUUGUAUUUUGUCAGCUAACAUUAUGUACGUGGUGAAGUCCACAAGCAGUAGGCUACGGUUUGUUUUAUUCGUGGGUGAGAAACGCAGGGAAGGGUACACAAAGUGGUUUCGCCAGUUGUCACAGCAUGCUAAUUGAUCCUAGCAUGUGCUAGCUGUUAUUAUUAGCAUGAUGGGCUGCCUAUCUGCAUCCUGGCGUUUUCAAAAAGCCCAAGCCUUCAUUGCGUCUGCAGUGUUAAAAUGUGAAUGCAUAAUACGUUAAUCUAAUGUAAUAACGUCACGGUUAAGCCAAUCAAAUUAUGUUUUGUUUUUUUUGUUGGUUUUUUUUGCAGCUGUGUGACAGCAUACGAUGUAGCGUAAGCGAAUAUUGACGGCAAUUUUUCAAAGUAAACAUUAGCAGGAGGUGCUCUUCAAUCAUAGUUGCCAUGGCUGAUAGAGACCCAGUCGAUCUGGAGGACACUUAUUACUAAUAAUAAUGGUUGGAUGUUGAAUCGGAUUCAACGUUGUUUGGGGGAUUUGUUACAUGUUGCGAUGUUUUGGAGCUCACAGCAUCAGCUGAUUGGCAGUCCGCAGCAGAGGGGUAACUCUUAACGUUUGUUUCUCGUUAACAUAUAACAACUAAUGUGAUUAUGUUAACAAAAAGUAUUGAGUGGGAAAUGAACUGCCACGCUCAUCCGAAUGAAGUAUCAAUUUUCUUGAGUGCUUCUCCCCCUUCUCAAUUAAUUUAUUCCCUAUUGACCUGUCAUGGUGCCAAUUUCUCUCUGUCCAGAUCAAAAUUCAGUUGUCAUUUUAAGGUGACAUUAAAUAAAUAAAUGGUAAUGUGGUUUGUAACAGAUCAACAACAGUACCUUUGCCCUUUUCACAUCAUAAAGUGUAUAUUUGCUGUGGAAUUAAUGUUUUAGUCGAGUAAGGUAGGAAUCCCAUAAAUUUUUUCUUUUCAAUUUGCAAUUACAGAGAAGUUGCUUUAACUUGCUCAGUUAGAUACACAAACACUGUUUGUAGUGGUUACUGGCCUAGUAGCCGGGGAGUCAUCCUUGCAACCAGAGCAACAAGCAGGGAGUUUGCAUCUCCCAUCUGGGGUAGCUAUCAACUCAUCAUGCCAUGAUGAGGACGUUCCUGCAGAUAUGGUUGCAGAAGAAUCCGGUCCAGGAGCUCAGAAUAGUCCCUACCAACUUAGAAGAAAGUCUCUACCCAAGAGAACAGUGUGUCCGACAAAGACAAACAUGGAGGGUGCUUCCACUUCAACCACAGAAAACUUUGGACACCGACCUAAACGCCCUAGAGUGUCAGGAAAAUGUCAAGAUUUACCAGCAGCUCCAGCAGAGCAGUACUUGCAGGAGAAGCUUCCAGACGAGGUGGUGCUAAAGAUCUUCUCGUACCUGUUGGAGCAGGACUUGUGUCGUGCAGCGUGUGUGUGCAAGCGCUUCAGUGAGUUGGCCAAUGACCCCAUCCUCUGGAAGAGGCUGUACAUGGAAGUUUUUGAAUACACGCGACCCAUGAUGCACCCCGAGGCAGGGAAGUUCUACCAGAUAAACCCAGAAGAGUAUGAACAGCCAAACCCUUGGAAAGAAAGUUUUCAGCAGCUGUACAAAGGAGCACAUGUUAAGCCAGGAUUUGCGGAACACUUCUACAGUAAUCCUGCAAGAUACAAAGGGAGAGAUAACAUGUUUUACUAUGACACCAUUGAGGAUGCCCUUGGAGGAGGUCAGGAGCCUCAUUUUGACGGCCUGAUUUUCGUGCACUCUGGUAUUUACACAGACGAGUGGAUCUACAUUGAGUCGCCGAUCACAAUGAUCGGAGCUGCUCCUGGAAAAGUAGCAGAAAAAGUCAUCAUCGAGAAUACCAGAGACUCUACAUUUGUAUUCAUGGAAGGCUCAGAAGAUGCUUAUGUUGGAUACAUGACCAUUAGGUUCAAUCCCGAUGAUAAAUCCGCCCAGCACCACAAUGCACACCACUGCUUGGAGAUUACAGUCAACUGCAGCCCCAUCAUCGACCACUGCAUCAUACGCAGCACGUGCACAGUGGGGUCAGCUGUCUGUGUCAGUGGCCAGGGAGCUUGUCCCACAAUCAAGCACUGCAACAUUAGUGACUGUGAAAAUGUUGGUCUUUACAUCACUGACCAUGCACAGGGAAUAUAUGAAGACAAUGAGAUCUCAAACAACGCUCUGGCUGGCAUCUGGGUGAAGAACCAUGGCAACCCAAUCAUCAGACGUAAUCACAUCCACCAUGGCAGAGACGUGGGCGUUUUUACAUUUGACCAUGGCAUGGGUUACUUUGAGAGCUGUAACAUCCACAGGAACCGUAUAGCCGGCUUUGAGGUGAAGGCAUACGCCAAUCCAACAGUGGUUCGUUGCGAGAUCCAUCAUGGUCAGACGGGGGGCAUCUAUGUGCAUGAAAAGGGCCGUGGACAGUUCAUUGAAAACAAGAUCUAUGCAAACAACUUUGCGGGGGUGUGGAUCACAUCGAACAGUGACCCAACAAUUAGGGGCAAUGCCAUUUUUAAUGGCAACCAAGGUGGCGUUUAUAUUUUUGGUGAUGGCCGAGGCCUCAUUGAAGGAAACGACAUCUACGGUAACGCCCUGGCAGGAAUCCAGAUCAGGACGAACAGCUGCCCCAUUGUCAGACACAACAAGAUCCAUGAUGGCCAGCACGGCGGCAUAUAUGUGCAUGAAAAAGGACAGGGUGUCAUAGAGGAGAACGAGGUGUACAGCAACACACUGGCGGGAGUGUGGGUGACAACAGGCAGUACGCCAGUACUGAGGAGGAACAGAAUACACAGCGGGAAGCAGGUUGGGGUCUACUUCUAUGACAACGGCCACGGUGUGUUGGAAGACAAUGAUAUCUACAAUCACAUGUACUCUGGAGUUCAAAUUAGGACUGGGAGCAAUCCUAAGAUCAGGCGGAACAAGAUCUGGGGAGGCCAGAAUGGAGGCAUUUUGGUUUACAACUCAGGCUUAGGCUUCAUCGAGGACAAUGAGAUCUUUGACAACGCCAUGGCAGGAGUGUGGAUCAAGACGGACAGCAACCCCACCCUGAGGAGGAAUAAGAUCCAUGAUGGGCGAGACGGCGGCAUCUGUAUAUUCAAUGGAGGAAGAGGUUUGUUAGAAGAAAACGACAUCUUCAGAAAUGCCCAAGCAGGAGUCCUCAUUAGCACGAACAGCCAUCCCGUUCUGCGGAAAAACAGGAUAUUUGACGGCUUUGCUGCAGGUAUUGAGAUCACCAAUCAUGCCACAGCGACUCUGGAGGGCAAUCAGAUCUUCAACAAUCGUUUUGGGGGAUUGUUUCUUGCAUCUGGUGUCAAUGUUACAAUGAAAGAUAAUAAAAUCAUGAACAAUCAAGAUGCCAUUGAAAAGGCUGUGAGCAGAGGUCAGUGCCUGUACAAGAUUUCAAGUUACACCAGCUACCCAAUGCACGAUUUUUACAGGUGUCACACGUGUAACACAACAGACCGCAAUGCCAUCUGUGUGAACUGCAUCAAGAAGUGUCACCAAGGACAUGAUGUGGAGUUCAUCAGACACGAUAGAUUUUUCUGUGACUGUGGCGCAGGCACGUUGUCAAACCCCUGCACGUUAGCCGGAGAGCCGACUCACGACACAGACACACUGUAUGACUCAGCUCCUCCUAUAGAGUCCAAUACACUGCAGCACAACUGAGCUCGAGACCCGAGGUCCUUUUGCGCUUCAGUCAGUAAGGGACGUAAGACACUUUAAGUUGUGCGGUGGCGGAGAAAGUCUCUAAACUAAAACACAGAUUCACUUUGUCAGAGCAUAUACGGUGACU